AGGACUGCUCGUGUUGGGAAACUUUGACAAGGAAAAUCCAGCUGAAAGUAUGUCAGAGAAAAUGAUGGCACCACCAGUCCUUCCUGUUGAUGGCCCUCAACAGAUCAAACUGAUGACUCAAUGCGCAGAUCUCUUUAGUGUGUCCUGCUCUGAAACAGACACAGAUGGGGACAGUGAGUGUGAACCCGAGAAUGGCUCAGACACUACAUCAGAGGAACAACACCUGGAGCAACAGCAGUUACACAUGCACUCUGACAUCCAUCCACAGGAGUCACACACAAGCCCUCAAACACAGCCCAAAACUAAUGGAGACCUCCACAUACACACAGUACUAGACUGUGGCUUUGAGGUCAUGACAUGUCAGUUCAGUGAGGAUGGGUCCAUGCUAGCUGCUGGACUCAAUGACGGAUCCAUCAAGGUGUACAGCACAGAUAGUGGAGAACUGAUCCAGACCUUGAAGGACAACAGCAGCUCAUUGUUUUCAAUGCCUGUGACCGCCCUGCGCUUUACUGUCACUGGUCAGUCACACUGCCAAAUAAUGGCCACCUAUGCCAGUGGUUAUGUGUGCUGUUGGUAUGUGUGGGGAGGACAGAAGCUGUGGGAGUCGAAUGAAGCAAGUGAAGCAGGAGUGCAGAGACAGACUCUCUCUCUGUCUGUCUCUCCAUCAGGAGAACAGGCUCUGACCAGCGGCUCAGACUCUGUCAUCCAUCUGUAUGACCUCACCACUCACCAGAGACUGCAAAGCUUCAGUGCCAGCUCCUCAAGAACAGUGAUGGAUGGCCAUCGGUUUCGAGUGUUUGCUGUGACGUUUCACCCGGAAUGUGCGAGAGAGUUCAUCUCAGGAGGAUGGGACAACACUAUACAGGCAAACAAUCAUUUCUCAUGCAAUAAUUCUUCUCAAAUUCACUCUAUUCAUAUACAGUUUUGGGAUACUAGACAGCAGCGCUCGAUCAGGAUGAUCUCUGGCCCUCAUGUGUGUGGUGAUGCCCUUCAGAUUGAUCCAACAGCCAAUCAGAUUCUCACAGGAUCUUGGAGGAAAUAUAACACACUAGAAGUGUGGGACUACAGCUCUGGGCAGAGAGUACGCGAAGUGCCUCAUGACCAACAUGGAGAGAGCAGGAUCUACACGUGUCACUGGUUUGGACAGGAGCACAUAGUGGCAGCCGGGAGUCAGCCAAACAUGCUGAGAGUCAUUCGCCGAAAGACUUUUACUACGGAAUCCUGUUUGUUUGGUUUAUCCUCUGCGGUCUUCAGUUCUUCAGUGUGUCCUUCAGGAAAGUGGAUGGGUCUAAUAGCAGCGAGCUCUGGGAACAAAGUGUUUUUGCUGGACAAAGGAUGGCAUGCCAGGAAAGACAUUGCAUAAAUGCUGGAUGGGUGAAAAAGAG